AGAACGAAAACAAUUAAAAAUAUAUAUUUAACGGUUUUCCAUGUGUGUCGAGUUUAUUGGACUGUAAAUCGUGAUAAAAGUUAAGCCGGUUACGAUGUAGAGAGUGUUCAGGGUGAAUUUUCAAAAAAAUAAUUCGUGUGCUACAUCUGCCACCUACCGGAUAUUGUCGUGUAUUAGACUUUUGCCACGUUGCUGUAGAGACGACGGACUUAACGCUCCUCUCGCAGCGGGAGGAUGCAGUUUACUUUCCUCAACACAGGGUGUAGGAGGGGGGACAACUUCAGGCUGCCAAACUAACGCGCACCUUGUGUGUCAGGUUUCCGUCAGGUUACCUUCAGGUGGAGCCCCCCCCACCCCCCUGCUCGCCCCGGGGCUGUAAAAUGUUAACUGACAUGAUUGUGGAGGAAGAGUUUGACAAGAAUGGCGAGUCCUGGUACGACCCGCAGGACCUCGAACACGAUCUCCAUUUGGCAGCGGAGCUGGGGAAAACCCUCCUCGACAGGAACCAUGAGCUGGAGCAGGCCCUCCAGCAGAUGUACUCCACCAACCAGGAGCAGCUGCAGGAGAUAGAGUAUCUGACCAAGCAGGUGGACCUGCUGCGUCAGAUGAACGACCAGCAUGCCAAAGUGUAUGAGCAGCUAGACAUGGCCGCCAGGGAUCUGGAGCAAGGCAACCGGAGACUAGUGCAGGACAACCGCCUGGCCCAGCAGAAGAUCCAUAGUCUAACAGAGACCAUUGACGGGCUUCAGAACUACAUGGAGGACCUGCAGACCCAGGUGGACGAGCUCAAGACUGCACAGAAAGAGAGAAACAAAAGAGAGUUGGCAGAGCAGCGACGCAGCCUCGGAGCACAGAGUGUGUCCUGUCUCAAAGAGCUGUAUGACUUACACCAUGACAGGCACCUAGCCCACGAUAGUCUGCACGUGGGCAGACUCUGGUCGCCUCAGGGCUCUUUCUAUGACCAAGACAGAUGCCAAGACCCAGAAGAGGAGAAUACGUCUCUCCAGCAGUCCAUCCAGACCCUUCAGGCCCAAAUAGCCGCGGAGCGGAGCCGCAGGGAGGCUGCAGAGCGAGAGAGUGAGUUGACAGCCAGUGAGAACAGAGGCCUGGAGCAGCGGCUGUCCCUGCUGGCGGGCUGCUGGGCCAGGCAGAAGGAGCUGGAGGCCGAAGUAGAACAGCUGCAACUUCUGUGGCGCGCUGACUGUGCCAAGAGUGUCAGAAGACCCGACCAGCUGCUGUUGCCUGAUACAGUUUUCUUUGCCUCAGAAGAAAAGCCCAACCCAGGGCAGAGUGACACUGAGGAGAAUGUAGAAAACGAUGAGGAGCGGAGAAGAUACAGCCGACAGAGAUGUAACAGUGACAGCGUUUUGAGAGCGACAAACCCAGACGAGAUUCGCCGCAGUCAUGAGCAGCUGUGUAUAAGGCGAGCAGAGGCGGUGAAACAAAGGGGCAUAUCUCUGCUCAAUGAGGUGGAUGCACAGUACAGCGCACUGCAGGUGAAAUAUGAUGAGCUGCUUCAGCGAUGCCAGCAGGCAACAGACGGACUCAGCCAUAAAGCCGUACAGACAUCCAAUAGUCCCUUUGUGAGCAUCAGGACCCGCCGCCGCCUGUCCAGCUCAGCUGCUUCGUCCGAUCUGACAGUUGUUCUGGAAGAUGGCCAGCAGCCUGAGUACAAGGCUCUCUUCAAAGAGAUCUUCACCUGCAUCCAGAAGACCAAAGAGGACCUUGGCGAAAACAAACGUCCAGACGGGGACAGUAAUUCCCAGAGCUCUGCCUAAUGAUUGUAUUGUUCAUCAUCCCGGGACACGGGGCUUGCAUUCGUUUGUGUCUUUGAAAGUAUUUUGACAAAGGAGAAACUUUUGAGGUGGCUUUGCGAUUCAAAAAUAUCCAGCGGGUGCAGAUGCAACAAGCGCACUCAGACCUUGUGCAUCUUAGACGAGCUUCAAUCCUCUUAUCUCCUGUCACGUCACCUAUACUUUUUUCAGUCAGCACUGUUCCUUAUAUUCCGUCCUUAUAAAAAAUUAAGUGUUAUAAAACUUCUUAUUUAAAGCAGCUGUUUGAUUUAACAUAAAACAUAACAACAAUUAGACAGAAAACUAUAGAUUGUAAAGUAUUGUACAGGCAGAUAUUUAUAGUUAGAUUUGAUUACUAACAGAUCCUUGGCUAAUAAAAAGUACGUUUCAGUGUGUAGCUUGACCUCCAUAUCUACCAGUAUUAUGUUCAACUACACCAGUAUUCAAUGUUGAUAUGUCAGCCCUGUGACCACCUGAUCAUUUGGUGCUUGCGAGAGAAAUACACACAUUGAAUAUUGUUUGUGUGUUGACAUAAGUUUGAGAUGUAGCUGUAAUAUAUGACUUAUGUAAAUAGAAAUGUUGGAAUGUUGUAAUAGGAUGAAAAACUGUAGCUACGUAAUAACUAAAGACUCAGGAGUUUAUGAUAAUUAGCUUAACAGCCAGUUUGAGUUGGGUUUUGUAAGUUGGCAAUAGUUGGUUCACAAGUUGAGGGUUAUUGGAAUGUCGCCAGAGGAAAUUUCAGUGAACACUGGAAUACCGUCUGUAAUAGUCUGUGCGUUCUGUUUUCAUGUGCACAGCUUAGGCUCCGACGUUUGUCUUUAUGCCAGUAGUACACAGUCAACAGCCCUGCACUUUUUAUAACUGAAUCACAGUUUCUGUUUUAUUUAUUUUUUGAAAGACGUUUAGAGAAGAUGAAAUGUUAUUUAUUUUCUUUAUUGCUAAAUAUUUAGAGGAGAUUGAUCAGCUGAGAGUGACUCGAGGUAAAUUUAAAUGUACACUGAGGUGCUUUAUUUGUGGUUGUAAAUACUCAGUUUGACACAGGUGAUUGGAAAAAAAAAAAUAAUGAAGAGGUAAACGGAAAAAAACACAAAAGAAAUGUUCCCUUGUUUAUAAACAAUUUCCUUACCUCAAAUUGUUGUAAUAUUUCUUCUGGCUUGGACAUUCACUCCUGUUAAUAUGGAACAGAAAUUGUGUUGAUCAGGUUAGCAUUAACAACAGAAAAUACUGCCGACCCUGUCCACAGUGGAACUGCAGAUCUGAGUUCAAAAUACUGUUAUGUGGUAUUUCACUCUCACUUUCCAUGUGAUGUGAUGCUCAUGAGAGAGAAGAUGCUUAAUUGAUGAUGCUGAUGUACUUAGCAUAGUUGGGGCAUUUAGAAAUAUGGUUUUUUUGAAGCUGUGACGUGGACUGUAUACUACUGCAGAAGGCAUCACUGUAUGAUUGUAGGUGUCCUCUAUGCAGACUAACAUGUUUUUGCUUGCAACUAACUAGUAAAAACAUUGAUGCAGGA